GUGCAAUCGAGUAGAAUUGAGAAAGAGUCGGACAAGAACUUGGUCGGCGGCAAAUUGGCAGGAGACCAAAAACAUUGGGAACGUCGAUGAACAGCGAUGCAACGGAGGCUGCACUCGGUCUCCUCAGCCUCUCUCCUCUGAACAACAACACAAUCCCUCAAAUCAGAAAACCAGUACAAAUACCGACACCAAGACCACCGCCAACGACAACACCAACGCAACCAGCGCUAUCAGCUGGCCCACCUCUUCCAGACGCAGAUGCUAUCAGCUGCAUAUGUGGUUUUCUCUUUGACGAUGGUUUCAGCAUUGCCUGCGACGUCUGCUCUCGUUGGUGCCAUGCAGCAUGCUUUGAUAUUGUCGAGGGAGAGGUCCCAGAAGAGUGGCGCUGUUGGGACUGCGAUCCCCGUCCUGUUGACCGUGACCGUGCAGUUCGCCUCCAGAAGCAACGUAUUACAGAGAUGCACGUCAGGGAGAGGGAGAGAGACAAGGAAAAAGAUAGAGACAAGGGCAAAAAACGAGAUAGAGCAGGGUCGCCCGUACAACGGCGACGAGCCAGCGCUGCUGCCAUCGAGGGCUCUGGAAACACAAAGAAGAAACGUAGAGCAUCUAUCAUAUCCCCGUCAACACCGCACCCACCACCGACGCCAAUACAGCAGGGGGAAGAUGAGCCGGUCGACAUCGACGAACCGUGGUCUCUAUCCUACGUCCCUAUCACUAAAGACAUCGUUACAACAGAAGCCCAUGCCAGACUCCGCAGACAAGCCCAGGCAUGGCGGGGCAUCACCGCCCUCUCACCACCCAUACAUCCCAACCGCACACAAAUCCACUCAGUUCCACCUACACCAUCCCCAAGUCAGCUGCAUACCAACCCCCUCGUUCGCCCGCCCACCUACAGCCUCCACACAACCACGCCGGUCCCUUCGUCGAGCUACAUUGCCCCGUUUACCUGCGCUAUCACCCCGAGCGCUUCUUACCUCGCCGACCCGCUCAAUGCGUAUGCCCACCUUGGCAUGCCGAAACCAUUCGUGCACCUCAUGGGUCCACCGCUGGACGUCGCCCUCGAUGCGAGAGUUGUUGGUGACGAGGGACGCUUUGCCCGGAGUGGGUGUCGUCCAAAUGCAGUGUUGAGGCCCUUACUGUGCCGUAAGGCAAAGGAUGAGUCCAAGGCAAAGGAAUCAUCCGAGAAAGAGAGGACAGAAAGCGUGAAGAAAGAGAGGAGGGAAAGCGGGAAGAAGAAGAAGAACGACAAGACAGACUCGGAUGAAGAAACCCUAACAUUUGGCGUAUUCGCACUGCGCGACCUCAAAGCUAACGAAGAAGUCGUUCUCGGUUGGGAAUGGGACGACGGAAACGCAGUGCACAGUCUUCCAGCGCUCAUAGAGAGCCCACAUUUGUAUUCGACGUACCACCUAACUCACCUCCGUGCACAAAUGACCUCAAUUCUCCAUGCGCUCAGUUCCACAUUCACAACGUGUGCAUGCGGUGCCCGCGCAAGGGACUGCGUUUUGAAUGUCAUGGCGCAGUAUGUUGACAGCGAGCUUGAUGCAUCUAGUGUCACGUGUGCGUCAGGGCAGCCUAUGAAUGGUACGGGCGGGAUGAUGAAUGGGAAUGGGGCGAGGCAGGCAGGAGAGGCGGAUGCCGGGGAUGGGUCGAGCUCAGACAAGGAGAAUUGGGGACAUGAUUCUGAGCGAACUGUGGUGGGUCUUGGAAUCCAGAUGAACGCGAACUCGACUAGUACCAACGGGAAUGGUGCCAAUAUCAACACAAACGGUUUGAAUGGAAACACACCAUCAUCACCGGCAUUCACCCGGAAAAUUGACCUCGGUCCACUGAUUGGCGCGAAACGCGGCUUUAGGACACGGGAAAAGGUGCCAUUUGGCGGGGGCGUUGGCGGCGUGGAGAUGAUUCCGUCGGGAUCGGGGGUCAGUUUUGACGCUGAGUCGACUGAGAAGUUUGGUGCUGAGUUGAGUGGGAGAUUUGAUGUUAGGUCGAGUGGUAGAUCAUCGAGCGCAGGACCCGACGCAUGGCCUUCAAGUUUCAAUACUCCCGCCGAGUCCUCGGGCUUGGGACCCAAUGGAGGACCAUCGAAUUGGCGCCCUACGAUUUCCACCUCGAGUCAGUCACGAACUUUGAAUUGCACGAGGACAAGCGAUAGGAAGGGCAAGCGGCGUGCUCCAGAGGAGACAGACGUGGAUGCAGAUGUGGACGUGGAAGGCGACGGCCCUACUCCCGACUCGAUGGACGUCAACGAGGAGAAUAUUCCACCAAGGAUGCGUAAGAGGUGGAUGCAUACUGUGUCUGUGUCCGUGUCACAUGAUCGUGAUGAGCGUGCCUCUUCGAGGAAUAAGAGAAAUUUUGUUUCUAUCAACGCACAGAGUCCAUCUGGUUCGCAUGGACAGCAUGGUCAAAGUCUAUUGGGAGUGCAUGUACAUAGUUCACCAGUGUUGAGUGGACAUAGUCCACCUGCUCCGGUGUCUACGACAGACUGGAGAAGCCCGACAUCACUCUCAGCGGACAGUCCAGCACCAACAUCUGGAGACAGCCCUUCACCAUCCCCCGAGAGCACUGUAGAUGGAAUGGAUAUCGAUGUGAACGAUACGUUCUCUGCUGACCCUCUCUCCAUAGACAUUCGUCAAAUGCCACCACCACCAAUGCCGGCAGCUCUCGAUCCCACCACCAUUUCCUCCGUCGCAUUCGCAUCCGUCUCGCCUUCAGCAACCUUCUCAAAAUUAUCUCUUCUGUCACCCGUUCUGCCUGAUAUGCGCUCCGGGUCACCUUCCCUCUUUGGAGUGCCUCUGACAAACUCGUCUAGGCGUCCUAUGCCAAUGUCAUCCCCUCCGCCACCCCAGUCAUCCAAUAGCAAGAGUCCUUCAGACGCAUUGAGCGCGCAAGUCACAGUCUAUCCACAACCGUCCAAUCCAUCGAUGUCCAGCGCUUCUUCACCCCAUCGUGUGCGGUUUGCAUCCCCGGAGGUGUUACAUGGGCAACCGUGCUUGAAGACUACUCAACAUACUCCGCUUAAUUCAGGGAGGCAAGCGACACCUCCUAUUUAUUCACAUACUCCUCCACCUGUGUUGGAAGAUGACAAAACAGCUGGUUCAGCAGCAGAGGCCGUACUACAGCCAGAUAGGAGCCCUGUACAUGACGGAACUUCUCUUGAGGUCAAAAUAGUCCCACCAGAUGAAGCGCCACAAACAGGUGUUUCUAUAUCAACAAUUAUGCGCGAUUCAACUACACUGGUACCGUCGAUAUGCGAGUCAACGCCAUCCCUCCAUGAUUCUGAUUCACCACCUCCGUCAUGCGAACCCGCACUACCUAUACACGAAUCCACGCCAGCAACACACGAACUCAGUCCACCAGCAUAUGAACCCACGCCACCCGCACGCGAACAGUCACCGCUGCCUCCUCCAAAGGUGAAGAUGUCCCUAAAGGACUUUGCUUUGCGCAAGAAGAAGCAACGGGAAGAAAUGGCGAAGGAGCGGGAAUGUGAGUCGCCUGGUGGGUUGAGCAUGGGGUUACUAGAGGAGAGCGGGGACGAAGGGAUACAUGUGGAUGAUGAUGGUGCAGAUGAGCGGCUGGGGAGGGAUUCUGAGGGCACAGACCAUGAGCGUGAUUUGGAAGUGACCAUGUCAGAUAUAAGAGAGGUGCGGGAUGUGGAGAUGGAUGGUGAUAAUGACGUGGGGCAGGCUGUUGAGAGGGUGAAGGACGAACCUGACGCUUCUUUCACCUUGCAGAACGUAGUGGACUGCGUGCUGGAAGAUUCACCUGCUGAGAGUCAGCGGCGUUGUGAAUCCGAACCACGAGGCGCUACUCCAUACCCGCCGAGGUCUCCCGUCGCAUCCCUGAGAUCUGUUCGUAGCAUGGAUAAUGCUCAUCCCAACGGCCAACUUGCAGAUCCCACUUCUCUUGUGACCAAGGUCGAGAUAUCGGAGACUUCUAUACCCAAUGGACUUGUGGGUGCCUAUGAUAGGACAUCACCAUUUGCGCCGGACCCGCCUCCACCUCCAUUGCACCAGCAGAUCAAGGGUACUGAAAAACAAUCGUCAUCACCCAAAACUUUUUCGUCACCCCUACCCCCUUCCGCUCCGGCUUCCUAUUCUCUUAGACCCUCUCACGAAGAUGGAGAAAUCACAAGCGCCUCUCCUCCAAAGUCGUCGCAUUUCUUCCCUCGAUCUUACACACCUCCAACCCAGCCCCGCUCGUUUCAGACCUCACAUCCCUUGUCUCCUAAUUUUACCCAUACCACAUCCACACCCACCCCGUCAUCUUCCUGGCGUGGCCCACCUCCACCGACAAGAGCACCCUCAUCCAACACUCCUUCCUCGAACGGCCCUCCGCGCCCCUUACCCAGUGGGCCACGGGCACUGAGAGUUAGUCAAUCAUCCCAUCCACCAACAUAUUCUUCUCCUAGUAGCCGCGUGUACAGCGGUUCGCAAUACAUUCCUCGUGGACCGUCUGCUGAUCGUGAUCGUCAUGACCGUGAUCGUCUUGAUUGGGAACGAGAGCGCGGGUGGGCGCCACGACCGCGGGGACGUACGGGUAGCAGUGGUUGGGGUCGAUAACACCAACCGUUGAAUACCGAAUAAGGAACCUUAUUCUCCCUCUGUUUUUGUAGGCCACUCUUUCCUUUCAUGAUAUUAUAUUUUUCUGCUUGAUCCUGAUCAUUAUUGCUUUUUGCGGCGUGGUUUGUAUCGCGCCUUCCUGUGACUUUUUAUUUUUAUUUCUUUGCUUCUUCAUUUCGUGGUAUCAACUAUGAGUAUAGAGUAUUAUAUUGCGUAACGAAUGUACAACGAGCCGCGUGUACCAUCUCUGCAAUCAUACUGCAUCAGACAAGCUAUUCAGUACUGUUCUCACCGUG